CCUCUAGAGAGCGGAGCGAACAAUGGCGAGCGGCGCGGAGGAGGAGGAGGGAGCGUGGCGGGAGGCCGGGGAGGAGGAGGAGGAAGAAGACGACGAGCGGCCGCAGCUGAGCGCGGCGGCGGCGGGGGCGCUGCGGGACUUCCUGGAGGAGCAGCGACGGCACGGGCGGGACGAAGGGGAAAAGGGGGGAGCAGAAUGGGUGGAGCUGGUCGCGGAGGACUGGCGGCUGAGCCAGUUCUGGUACGACGAGCGCACCGCCCGGGGGCUGGCCGAGGAGGUCGCCCGCCUCGCCUCCGGCCUGCCUGCCGGCGCCGGCGCCGCCGUGGCCUGCGUCGCCUGCCCCACGCUCUACGCCUAUCUCAGGAAGAGCAGCCCGGAUGUGCCCGCGCGGCUGCUCGAGUACGACGAGCGGUUCGGGCAGUACGGCGACGACUUCGCCUUCUACGACUACAACCAGCCGGAGGCGCUGCCGCCCGCCAUGAAGCACGCCUUCAGCAUCGUCGUCGCCGACCCUCCGUACCUGAGUCAGGAGUGCUUGGAGAAGGUUGCCAAGACGGUCUCCUUCCUCGCGCGGCCUGAAGGCUCAUUCCUGCUGUUACUCACAGGCGAAGUUCAGAAGGACCGCGCGCUGGAGCUCCUAAACGUGCGCCCCUGCGGUUUCAAGCCUCAGCACUCAAACAAACUGGGGAAUGUGUUCCGGCUGUUCACGAACUAUGACCCGGUAGACAGACUUGGUGGCUGGGAUCGGAGCGAUGGCGCCACCAUUUAGCCUUCUGAUGAGGUGGUCCAUGGUGCUUGUGGAAAUGCGACAGCGAUGUUCAUCCUAUGGAUACUCUCGGAUGAUGCAUCCUUCAGUCUGGUAAACACGAAUUUAGCACGUAAUGUUUUUUGUUUGAUGCAGCUGUGUAGUCUCACGUAUUAGGUGAACCAGAUUCUUCGCAAAUGUAACCUGCUUGUUUUGAGCCCCCAUGUCCUUGAAGGGGCACUACGAUUCGUCACAACGUUUCCACAUUCCUGGGAGAACUUGAUGAUUGAGAUUGAA